CCUCCCGCCCACCCGCGCCCGCCGGCGGCGGGUCGCGCAUGCGCAGGGCCGUGUUGGCGGCGGCGGCGGCGGUGGCGGCGGCGGUAUGGGGCGGGCGGCGCUGGCCCUGUGGGCGAUGGCGGCGGCGGCGGCGGCUGCCGUGUGGCGGUCGGAGCCCGCCGCGGCGGGCGGCCCGGCAGAUGCCAAAUGGAAAACAAUAACUGACCAAAUUAAGAAAGCUGUGGAAGUCUAUAAGCCAUGUGUAAAGGCGAAUUGCAGCUGCUACCAAAGUGUCUGGAAGCAGGACCUGGCUCCUUUUCGAGGUGGCGUUUCCAAGGAGAUAAUAUCAGAUGUGGUGAGCCGGAAGCUCGGGACACAUUACCAAAUCAUUAAGAACAAAUUGUACCGUGAGCAGGACUGCUUGUUCCCUGCAAGAUGCAGUGGAGUCGAGCACUUCCUUCUGGGGAUCAUCAACCGCCUCCCUGACAUGGAAAUGGUGAUCAAUGUGCGAGACUACCCCCAGGUCCCCAAGUGGAUGAAACCCAUUAUCCCAGUCUUCUCCUUCAGUAAGACACCUGAAUACAAUGACAUCAUGUAUCCUGCCUGGACAUUUUGGGAAGGAGGACCAGCUGUUUGGCCAAUUUACCCAACAGGUUUAGGGCGCUGGGACCUCAUGAGAGAGGACCUCAGAAGAUCUGCAGAAAAAUGGCCAUGGAUGAAAAAAAUCUCUAAAGGAUAUUUCCGAGGAUCCAGAACGAGUCCUGAGAGAGAUCCUCUCAUUCUGCUGUCCCGAGAAACCCCAGAACUUGUUGAUGCUGAGUACACUAAAAACCAGGCUUGGAAAUCUGAAAAGGACACCUUAGGGAAGCCUCCUGCAAAGGAAAUUCCACUGGUUGAUCACUGCAAAUACAAGUAUCUGUUUAAUUUCCGGGGAGUGGCUGCCAGUUUCCGGUUGAAACACCUUUUCUUAUGUGGUUCACUUGUGUUUCACGUUGGAGAAGAGUGGUUGGAGUUCUUCUACCCUCAGCUGAAGCCUUGGGUCCACUACAUCCCAGUCCGAUCAGACCUCUCUAACGUCAGGUGUGAGACCCCAAGUGUGCUCAGCGGAGCAUUGCAUGCCACAGGAAAAACACUGCUGUGUUUGGGAAGGGAGCUGCUGCAGUUUGUAAAGGAAAAUGAUGCCAUAGCACAAGAAAUUUCAGAGAGGGGACGCCAAUUCAUCACCGAGCACUUGCAGAUGGAGGAUGUCUCUUGCUACUGGGAGCAUCUGCUGUCUGAAUAUUCCCAAGCCUUGACUUACAAAGUGAAAAGGAGGAAGAGCUACAGCGAGAUCACUUCUGAGUGGCUGAAAACAGAACUGUAGAGACUAAUCUGUUUUUCUCUUCAGCUCAAACUGAUCUCUGUGGAAAUCUGAAGAUCAGUGUAUCUUCUUUCUUGUUCUUUCAGACUUCUUAUCCUUCACGCUGCAACUACAGAGAACAGCAAUAGGCUAACUUUGAAAUUGCUCCCAUACAGUGGGACCCAGUUAUGCUGUCACCAUAAGAAUGUUAAGUAGAAUGUUGGAUUAUGGCUAUUUAAUGGGGUGGUUAUGGUCAUGCCUGGGAGAGGGUUGUUAGCAUUUGGGACUUUGUUACUACCUGUGUCAGAAUGAUCCUAAAUCCCAUUCAGUCAAUGAGAAGCCUGUAUGUUAAUUUUACUGGGCUUUUUACCAAGUCCGCUGUACCUCAUGGGCAAGGUACGCAGACUGUCAGCUAUGCACAGCUGGGAGAUACAUGCCCCUAUUUUGGCAAAUGGUCAAUGUUUUCUCACCUGUGAUAUUAGGUGUUCCCUGACAGAAGCAGUUACUGGGAUUUGGGGUAACCUUUUUAGAUAGCCUAGAGAUUAUGUUUAUGUCAGGUUUUAGAAGUUGAUGGUAGGGCUUUGAUGUGCCGUUGAAAGGACAAAUGAUCCUUGCACAGUUAAACUACCUCAUAGGGGAGCAGUUGGUGAUGAUGAUGUUGCCACAGCGCUAAGCCUGAGUAGCAGACAGUCAAGCAGUUGGCAACUGAGAUAAAGACGGUUCAUCCUCUGACAGAUGAGCUGGGUGCCUGCACAGCCACACAGAACUGAGCCCCUGUUAACAAGCUCUUGCCAGCUGCCUGGCCAGACAUCCUUAAGAAUCCAGAGAAAGUAUAUGCAGAGGUAGAGUCAGCUCUUCUUUUUCCCAGAUGUUCACAGAUUCUCUGCUCUGAUCUUCUUCUAUAAUCUGUCUAGGGUUGUUUGGGGGGGGGGGGGGUUGGUUUGUUGUAGGGGGGGGGUUGAGGCUGGUAACACAUCUGCUCACUUCAGUAUUUGCUUUUCUUUCACACUGCCGUUGCACUCCUUUUCUCAUCUCUUUCAGUCUGGUUGAGGGAAUGUCUUCAGCCACACAGUGGCAGCUAGUUUUGAGUUCAGUCACAGGUUGCGUGGACUCACUGUAUUUAUACCCACUAUGGGCUGCUCAGCCCAGGGGGAGUGCCAUUUCUGAAAUGCUCUGUGGCCCCUGAGUUGAGAGGCCUGGUGGGAAGCAGUGUCUUUGGCAUCCAGGCAGGUGCUCAGAAGAGCUUGAGCAGGGGCACGGGGUCCCAGGAGAGGGCCACUGCCUCCUUGGUGAGCACCCUUGAUGCCGAGCGGCCUCAAGGCUGUAGGAAGCAGCACAUUGAUGGAAGAGAGUGGUAGCCACAGCUCAGGUCUCCUCUGCAGUCAGUUUGGAUCAGAGAAGGAGAAAACGCUACAAGGAACAAUAACGCUAAGUGCACCUACACGUGUCUGUGCUCGCACAGAGGCCUUGCAGCACUGCCAAGCCCCGGUGCAGGGACGUAGUUGCCAGACCUAUUCAUCAAGUGCCAGUUGCUGGAGCAGCACGCCAGUUAUGUGACUGGCGCCUGGGUUAUCCCAGCCUGCAAAGGAAACGAAUCAGGGUACUAAAAUAGCCUAGUUUCCGAGGAAAAUAACUGUGCGAGAGUGGAAAGGGUUUUUGGUUGUGUAUUUUUAGUUAAGGGAGAGACUGCGCUCUAAGAAACUGAAACAGCUAUGUAUAAUAUUUUUAAACUUUUUAAUGAAGUGUUUUUGGAAUAAAACAUGAAAAUGAA